CGUGCGCCUUGAAACCAGGGUCGAGCUUUCGGGGGAAGGGCAGGGGGCGGGCCUCGUCCGGGAUCUCACCACGACUGUGCGGAAGGGAGCCUGACUGGAACAUGGCGACUUGCGCUGAAAUCCUGCGGAGCGAGUUUCCCGAAAUCGACGGACAGGUCUUCGACUACGUGACGGGCGUCUUGCACAGCGGCAGCGCGGACUUCGAGUCUGUAGAUGACCUGGUGGAAGCUGUGGGGGAACUGUUGCAGGAGGUGUCCGGGGACAGCAAAGAUGACGCGAGCAUCAGAGCCGUAUGUCAGCGCAUGUACAACACUCUGCGCCUGGCUGAGCCACAGAGCCAGGGAAACAGCCAGGUGCUGCUAGAUGCCCCCAUCCAGUUGUCAAAGAUAACGGAGAACUACGACUGUGGCACCAACCUUCCAGGACUACUGAAGAGGGAACAGUCCUCGACAGUGAAUGCAAAGAAGCUAGAGAAAGCUGAGGCUCGACUAAAGGCAAAGCAGGAGAAACGCUCAGAGAAGGACACACUGAAGACCAGCAACCCUCUAGUCUUGGAAGAAGCAUCAGCCAGCCAAGCAGGCAGCAGAAAGGAGAGUCGGUUAGAAUCAUCUGGCAAGAACAAAUCCUACGAUGUGCGAAUUGAGAACUUCGAUGUGUCUUUUGGCGAUAGGGUACUGCUGGCUGGUGCGGAUGUGAACCUGGCGUGGGGUCGCCGCUAUGGCCUGGUGGGUCGGAAUGGGCUCGGAAAGACAACACUGCUGAAGAUGCUGGCCACCCGGAGCCUGCGGGUUCCAGCACAUAUUUCUCUGCUAUACGUAGAGCAGGAGGUUGUUGGAGAUGACACCCCUGCCCUGCAGAGUGUGCUGGAGAGUGACACUGUGCGAAAAGACCUCCUGCAGCGGGAGCGGGAGCUCAGUGCCCAGAUUGCUGCUGGCAGGGCUGAAGGCUCAGAAGCUGCACAGCUGGCAGAAAUCUAUGCCAAAUUAGAAGAAAUUGAGGCUGACAAGGCACCUGCCAGGGCUUCAGUCAUUCUUGCUGGACUGGGCUUUACCCCUAAAAUGCAGCAGCAGCCCACCAGGGAGUUCUCAGGUGGCUGGAGGAUGAGACUGGCCCUUGCCCGGGCCCUGUUUGCUAGGCCAGACCUUCUGCUGUUAGAUGAACCCACAAACAUGCUGGAUGUAAGGGCCAUCUUAUGGCUGGAGAAUUACUUGCAGACAUGGCCCUCCACAAUUCUGGUUGUCUCCCACGACCGAAACUUCCUGAAUGCCAUAGCCACAGACAUCAUCCAUCUGCAUAGCCAGCGGCUAGAUGGUUACCGGGGAGACUUUGAGACCUUUAUCAAGAGCAAGCAGGAGCGGCUACUGAACCAGCAGCGUGAAUAUGAGGCACAGCAGCAGUAUCGCCAGCACAUCCAGGUUUUCAUUGACCGGUUUCGCUACAAUGCCAACAGAGCCUCUCAAGUACAGAGUAAACUCAAGAUGCUGGAGAAGCUGCCAGAGCUGAAACCUGUGGACAAGGAGUUGGAAGUAGUGUUGAAGUUCCCUGAUGGGUUUGAGAAGUUCUCACCACCAAUUUUACAACUUGAUGAGGUGGAUUUCUACUAUGAACCUAAACACAUCAUCUUCAGCCGUCUCUCCGUGUCUGCUGAUCUUGAGUCCCGCAUCUGUGUGGUUGGGGAAAAUGGGGCUGGGAAGUCUACCAUGCUGAAGCUGCUUAUGGGGGACCUAACACCUAUUCGGGGUAUCAGACACGCUCACAGGAAUCUGAAGAUUGGCUAUUUCAGCCAACACCAUGUGGAACAACUGGACCUGAAUGUCAGUGCUGUGGAACUGCUGUCACGCAAGUUUCCCGGACGGCCUGAGGAGGAGUACCGUCACCAGCUGGGCCGGUAUGGCAUCUCUGGAGAACUGGCUAUGCGCCCUGUUGCCAGCUUGUCUGGGGGCCAGAAGAGCCGGGUAGCCUUUGCUCAGAUGACCAUGCUCUGCCCCAACUUCUACAUCCUGGAUGAACCCACAAACCACCUGGAUAUGGAGACAAUUGAGGCUCUGGGCCGCGCUCUCAACAGUUUCAGGGGUGGCGUGAUUCUGGUGUCCCACAAUGAGCGCUUCAUCAGACUGGUGUGCCGGGAGUUGUGGGUGUGCGAAGGAGGUGGCGUCACCCGGGUCGAGGGGGGCUUUGACCAAUACCGUGCCCUUCUCCAGGAACAGUUCCGCCGUGAGGGCUUUCUCUAGGCCCAAUAGGCUGAGGACUGCCCAGGACAUGGACUGGUCUCUCAGACCCCUGGGCCACCAUGUAGGCAACCAUCUCCAGGCCAUGAACCUCCCCUGACUUGGGGAACAGCCUUAUCCCAAAAUCUCUCCUUUUGACUGGAGCAUUCUCUCCACAAUCCAGGGAGCCCCACCUAAGGGUCUGUGAGGACUGGCCUUCUAAGUGGAAGGGGUGGGGGGGUGCCCUCUGGGGUUAUAGAUUCCCCACUGCCCCAGGUCUGACUGGGCCCCAAGUGGCUGCUGUGUAAAUUAAAUCUUCCUGCCUCAUCUCUGCUGUUCCCUGGUUGGGCUGCGGUAUGUUAAGGGGUGUGGGCUCUCUGAUUUGACAUUUUCUUAUGACACUUGUAUCAGUCACAAGGAGGAAGUUGUAUCACCAGCCUUGUCCCUGGAAGGAGACAUCAGUAAGCCACUGGGGCUGGGAGGUCACCUGCCUGACCUUGCAGUGGGCUGUGUUGUUGGAAUGAAAGGCAGUGUGUUACAUUGCUGUGGUGCUGGUCCCAAUAGUAUGGGCUCAGCCCCAGCUGAAGGGGUCUCGGAUUCUGCCAUCCCAGCCUCACUGCUUGGUAGAGUAAACUGAAUCUGUAAUCCUGUGGCUUUACACAUGGUUUGUCAACUGCUUUCUCCUGUGGUCUCUGGCCCAGGUUCACCCUAUAUCUCUGAUACAGACCUUCAGAAGGGGAUGAAGAGAAAUUGUCUUUGUCAGUGUUUUGCAUGAGUGGUUUCAUUUAUUUGUGUUCUAACCAUGUAGGAGUGGCCUAGGAAGUAAGGAAUUGAAAAUGUGGUCCAAUGGGAAUAGAGCACUUUCUUUUCAAAUUAAGCAGCCUUUAAGGGAGAGUGUUUAACAGAUAAUACGAUUAUAAAUAUUGGUUUUUGAGGGCUAGCUGCUAUAUGAAAUUGCUAUUCAGAAAACACUAACAUAGAGGCAUUGUUUUGCUCUUGAUAGUGGAGAAACCAGUCAGCAGAAGGAACUUGCUGGCUUCUUAGAGAACUAUAGUCACAAAGCUCAGCCAAGGAAUUUUAACUCAGCUGCUAAGAAUAUUAUGGUAUAGGUAGCUGGGAGAGAGUGAUGUGUUUUGGAGUAAAGGAAAAUAAAGGCAGGAAGGCUCUUGCUUUGCCCGCAGAACAAGCAGUGUUGGAUGGAUGAAGCCAGCAGUAGAGCCACUAAUCGGCCUGCCUCUGAGGAGGCAGCCUCCCUCACUCCCUUUCAGCAGCCCAGAGGAAAUGUCCUUCCAGCUGUGUCUGUGGCUGUGUGCAUUUUCACACUCUGAAGAGCCUUCUCAGAGUCUCCAUUACUUUCUGCCAACCCCAGCCCGGCAGAUGGGCCAGCUGGGAGCCAUCUGGUAUGUAAUAUGUGUUUACCUGUUUGCCAGGCUCUCAGCCCCUUCACAAUUCACAAGCUUGUGAAUCUUCAUAUGAGUUCUCCCAACUCCUUAGAGUUGGUGGGAGUACAACUAAAGGGUUCUGUGACACAGAAUCUGCUGCUUUUAGAGGUAGGUGACUUGGUACAAAGAGCUUUGGAGGUGUGUCUAAGAUCAAGUCCCAGUGUCAUUACUGGUGAUAGAAGGGGUCAUCAGAGUAAGAAAUAUUAGCUGAGUAGGAAAUCACUUAACCUUUUUGAACACCUCUUGCUUGAUUUCUUUGUAGGAUUGUAUUGAGGAUUAGCUGACAAGCACAUAAUACAAAAGCACUCACAAAGUGAUUCUUGUGUGACCGGGCUAUGAUUUGAAGGAGUAUAGUGGGAAAAGUAAAUCUCUUCUGAGUGACUCCAGAGACAGACAAAUUUAGGCUCAAAGGGAGGAAAACUUGGAAUAGUUGAGGCUGCCUUCUGAGAGUGAGUUCCCAGUCUCUGCGACUGUUCGGCCCUUCCCGGCUCUAGAGAGAGGAUCUCUUUCAGCUUGGCUUCCCAUUUCAUGUUUCUGUGAACAAUAUGGGAAGAGUCUGUAUAUAUGACAAUAUAGGCCUACACUGCAGGCGUUCAGAAAAUUGGGAUGAAUGAAUUGUAGCAGCUGAGAAAGACUAUAAUAAGUGUAGGGGGAAUUAUUGGAGGUUAGAGGAAGGGAGUUGUCAGAAAAUAAUUGUCUUGAGAGAACAUUCAGACAAUGUCAGCUCCGUUCCAGAAAGCACAGGGCAGAGAGGAGAGGAAUCUGACAUGGGAGGUUCGGAAGCCACCCUUGUUCACUACAGACUGCUCAUUGCAGCAGCCACACCUUUUGUGCUGUGGAGGGCCUAUCUGACCCCAGCCAUUGGGAAGCUGGUCCUUCCACAGCUGCAGAUGCUAAAGCUGCCCUGCUGUCAUCAGGCCUUAAAGCCGAGGAGCCAGCCAGGUUGAAAGUCCUUGGUUCACAGGAUCUGCAUUGACUUCCUGGCCUCCCUGACCUGCUGGCCUUCUCAGGCACCCUGGCUGGUCUCCAGUGGGAGACAGUGUAGAGGCGUUGUGGGUCCUUUAGUACCAGUUUACAAGGCACUCAAAGAUGCCACUCAGAAUGGUUGGUCUCAGUGUGCUAUUACUAUCUAGAGAUUUAUUGGCCAUAGCCAAAAUUUUGCAGAGUUCUUAAUGGUUUGUAGGCAAAUUUAGCAUAAAAUAGGAGAGAUGCCUUUUACCCUUGCUGCCCAUGCCCCAGCCUAGUUUGUCAUUUUUUUUUUUAAGAUUUUGUUUAUUUUUAGAGAGGGGAAGGGAGGGAGAAAGGGAGAGAAACAUCAGUGUAUGGUUGCCUCUUGUGAGCCCCCAAAUGGGGAUCUGGUCCUACAACCCAGGCAUGUACUCUGACUGGGAAUUAAACCAACAACCCCUUGGUUCACAGUCUGGCAUUCAAUCCACUGAGCCAUACCAGCCAGGGUGUAGUUGUCAUUUUAGAAUGUAGCAUUCUAGUAAAAGCCAUUCCCUAGGUCCGGGUCUAGCCCACCUACAGAUGCAAACCAAAAACAGCUUGGUCAGCAUCAGCAGCUCCCUGUUCUGCAUCAGCCUCAAAGGGGCCUACCAGGCUGGGUUCACAGCCUGGCUGAAGGGCCUCUAUGGGUCCCUGAAUCAGGAGUUAUGGACUCCCCUCAACCCCACCCCCUUCCAGGUAGGCUUCGUUGUACCUUGUGCUUCCCCCAUUAUGAGCUGCUUGCCAUUAUUAAAGUUGUAGAUCCCACUUUGCCUUGAUGGCCUAUAACGCCAGACAUGGCUUACUCACCUGUGUGUCUUCUGUGCCUGCCACAGGUGAAGAGAUCAGCAUGCAAGGUGUUUAUUGGAGUUGCUCCUGGGACCAACACCAGGAUUGAGCAGAGGGGGAAGUUUAACAGCCAUGAAGGCCUCCAUCAGCCCCACAUUCUGGAGCUGCGUAGCCCUGCAGAGUUGUCCUGAGUUGAGGCAAUGGCUCAGGCAGGCCCUUGUGUUGCUGAGUUGAUCAGUCUUUGAAUACCGGCUGCUACCAGAAAGAGAUGUGAAGUUGAGAAGAAGUUUUCAGUGGAGGCCAUUUCCCCAAAGGGGCUAGAGCAGCUGAAAAUUUUCUGCCAUCAGCACUCUCAGGAGCUAGGGCAGUAGUCCUUCACUCCUGAAAGAAGGAGGUCUGGGCAGCUCGUGACAGCAUCUACUAGAGUGCCUAGCAUGUAGACAGGUGCUCAAUAAAAUGCUUGAGAAAUAAGUGUUUUGGGGAAAUAAUUUGAGGAAAAGUGAAGAAUGAUACUGGAGAGAGCAAGAGAUAAGGCCAUAACCAAAAUGCAGUCCUAAAGGGCAUGGGGUCCACAUGGUGCAGGUGGAGACGAGGGAGGGCUCGGCAAGGAGUGGUCCAGGGAAGGACUCCUUUUUCUGGGCCUUUUUUGUUGUUAGGCCUCUCCUCAUUUCCUUUCAUGACAGUACUAAGGAAAUAAUGACAGUAAAUAUUUAUUGAGCUCUUAUUGUGUAGUAGGCAUUGUUGUAAGUCCUUUAUCUGCACUAACUCAGUCAAUCUUCACAACCCUAUUCUCACUUUAUAGAUGAAAAAACAGGAAGUUGACAUAGCAGGUGGCAGGACUAGGACUCAGGCCAGCCUGGUUCUGGAGUGCAGCUCUUAACUCCUGCUAUACUACCUGCUGCUCUGUACUAACUCCUACUGUGAUCUGCUCAAUAGUUGGAGUUUGUCCAUUCCAUCUCUUAAAACUCAUCAUCCCAUGGGGCAUGGGUGGGAGGUAGGGGGUUUGGACAGGAUUCUCUCGGGGGAGCACACUGAUGAGUAGGAGUACCUGGCAUAGGCUGAUGCACUGGGUGCUCAGUGAAGCUGUUUGUUAAAUUAAUGACUAAAAACACGUGGUAUAGUGAAAAAGUCAUGUGCUGGCAUCAGCCCAGCUCUACCACUAAUGGCAUCUUGGGCAAGUCAACCUCUCCCAAGUAAAUUAUCCUUACCCAUAAAGUGGGCAUAACACAAUUUGUCUUGCCUUCUACUUUAGGUAGUUGGGAGGGUUAAAUGAGACAAAGCCCUGUGUAAGCUAAAUAAAAUCUUAUGUAAACUGUAAAGAGCUGUGGAUCCAAAGGGUGUCAUUUCAUGGAGUGAUAGAGCAGCAGCCUGGGGCCUUCUCUGGAGACACACACUUGCACAUGUGCACACAGAUAUUCCAGGCUGUCAUCAAGAUGAUUGCCCCAGGAGGACCACCCACAGCCCGCAUCUGCAGAGCCAGGCAUCAGGAAGUGUACGUGCAGGAACACAGUGUGAGACGCCUGGCACCUGCUGAGUUGCAUGGGGUAAGGCAGAAAUCAUGCAAUUUAAGCCCAUUCUAAUAAUAUGUAUAGGUUAUGCCCUGUCAGUAAUUCUAGGUUUCUCUUUUCUUUAUGUUAAAUAAAUGGGUGGUUUGAAAGUGAUUUCUGCUUUACUGCAUAUAGAGAGGCCUUUGAAACCCUAAAUUAGAAUAAAUAUUUGUCAACCCAUGCUACAGCAUUUUUAACACAGAAAUGCUUUCUCAAAUGCUCACUUUUGGUCAUGUCUUCCGCAUAGUCUGGUGUUAAGAUGCUCCUGAUGAAUUAUUCUCAUUUUAUAGAACUGGAGCUUGAGGCAGAAUGGUGGUAGGUGUCUUGCUUAGGUUCAGAUAACUCUGCAUGCAGAGAGGGGACAAGAACCAAGGUGUCUGGGUCCCCAGGCUUCUCAGACCUCUCCAGAUCACUGUUCCCAACUUUGUUCCACAUUUAUUCAUACAGUGGGUGACAUUCUCAUGUCACACAUGCCCAUGAGUAUGCUCAGGGUCAUGUUACCGUCUGUCCUUUUAGGGAAGUACUUUGAACCUGGAAUGAGGAAAUGACUGAAUCUGAUUUAACUUGUUUUUAGCUUGUAAAUUAAGGAACCAACUGUGGCGUCAGAAAGAAAGAAAUUUGAGUCUGAAUUCUGUUAGGUAGUAUCUGUGUGAUAUUAGAGGCAAAUUAAGCCUCUUAAUGCCUCAGUGUCCAGGUCUGUAAAAUGAGAAUAAUAAUGGUCCUUACACUGUAGGGUUAUGGUGAAUAUUAAACAAGAUAAUAGAAACAAAACCCAGUAUGCUUCCUAGUAGUUCCAUAAAUGUUAACCAUUUCAGUGAUUAUUAGUAUUCAUUGCAACCUUCACUGUUUCAUUAAUUUUUAGUGAGACAGUUUGAUUCCCUGUGGUUGAAAACUAAUGUAUUUAGUCACAAUGCCUCUGCCAAAAUGACAGGUGCCCACACCUACUUUUUAAAGUCUGCCUGAUCCAAGUUGCCUAAAGGAGGGACGUGUCAAUCCACAGUGCCCAUCCCAGCACUGCCCAGAAGGGUAGCCUGGAGGCUGCUUCAAACCCCAAAGUUUCUAAUUAGAGGCUUUCCUGUGGAAAUGAAUGGGUCAAGCAGGCAUUUAGAGUGUGGUACGCUCAAAGUUCUAAUCAAAGUUCUAAUCGUGGCACUAAUCUCCUUGUUUUGAUUCCAUGUUCAUGAAGCGAUCCCUUUAGGGCCUCCCUUGGAGGUGGCCUAUUAGGGAAAAUAUGGCCAAAGCCUGAACCCUGGGCCUGGACAGGGGUAGCCACCCUGCCUGGCCCCACCACUUACUAGUUCAGUGCCCUGGACCUAGUUCUGUAAUGUCUUAAAAGUACAAUUUCCCUCUGGAUAAGAUGGGAUGCUAAUUUGCAUAAGGUUAUUGAAAGGAUUAAGAGAUACACAGGGAUGGGAGGAAUGCCUCCCAAGGAAGGUGAGUUCCUGUUAAAAACCCUAAUGUUCUGCAAAGGCUGGGGGAGGGGGGUAGGGCGGGGAGCAGUCAGGGGUAUCUGGCUUUCCCAAACGUGGUAGGAAGACGAGAUACCAUGGGGGAGAGAAGGUAAGAGAAAAGAUGCAUGUGUCCUGAGUUUGGAACACCUCAGCGAAGGAGGUAAGGGACCAGUGCCAGUUUCCCAAAGGUGGGGUGUCUAAAGGACAUUUAAGAAUGGUGGCAGUCUAUUCUUUGAUUUGAAGUUAUUUGUACUUCUGAGGUGCAAAACCCUCUUCCAGUUACAGUAUCUCAAAUCUUUAAUAAAGUCACAUACUAGUGAUUUAUGUUGCUUUUAUUUCUGCUUUUUGAAAUCAAGGAAGGGGCUGGAUCAGUGCAGUGUGGGACAGAUGAAAUAAGGAAGCAGGAGUUUUGAGCCAGAGGGCAUCCCUUGGCUGACUUGAUCAUAAGAAUGAAAAAAA